AUGGGUAUCCGUAGCGGGAUCAAGUCACUCGAAAGGGGGGAGGAGGGAUGGGAGAUGCCGGAGCACGGAGGCAGGUCACUGGUCACUGGCAGUGGUGAUACAAAAACUGCAUUCGAUUGGCGCAGAUGCGCUAGAAGCGAACGUGCGGCGGCGCCCGCAAUGGGCAGAUAUGACGGACGGCAGAGUCAAGGAGUUUGCACGAGCAGAUCAGCUGGGUUGAAGACAUUGGAAGUUUUCGGGUUUUCCCAUUGCAUCCAAGAAACUGGGGAGCCGCCUUACGUAAGGUGGGACUUGAUGAUGGGCUCGACAUGUACAAAAGCUCUAGCCAAUCCGUGCAUCGCUCUCCCGUGUCUGUCUGUACUUUUCGAUGUAUCUUUUGACUCUACAGAUUCAUCCUGCGUACGGAUACGCACGAGGUACUCCGUACCUGUGUCAUGGUCGGUACGGAGUACGGAGCACCUUGAAAGUUCAACGUCUCCAGCCCUCUGUCCGUCACGGUCCAGCUGCCCGUAUCCCUACGUCUGUCAGUCAGGAAGAGCCCGGCAUCCACUGUGCCUUGCUUGUUCUGGACCCCUGAAACCAUCGAGGUUUUUUUCUUCUUCUUCUUUUCUUCUGGUGCGGCCACGAUGA